AUGCCUCACCAACGUCGUUCAAGUACAGUUUCGAUUGUUAGCGGGCGACGCUUAAGUGGGCAACAUAUUAAUCCAGAAGUCUCUGAACUUACUCUUCUAAAAGAAGAACCUCACACCGGUGAUCAUUUUCUGUCACCAGCACAAUUGGAAGUUAUUUAUCGCACAAAUCUCAAAAAUGGUCUUACCGAUAAUAUCGCACAGGAACUAUUAGAACAUCAUGGCCCGAAUCAAUUAAAAAAACUUAAAGGUAACAGCUACUGGAAAAUAUUUCGCCACAAUUUGUUUGGUUGGUUUCAGUGUGUUCUUUGGUUUGGCGCCAUUUUGAACUUUAUUGGGUUUUUCUUUUCUGAAAAAAUUGAUUCGGGAAGCGAAGGACACUCGGGCAAAGAUUAUUUGUACCUUGGUUGCGUUAUCACAGCUACCAUUGUUGGUACCGGACUUUUUGGAUUUUAUCAAGAAGCAAAAAAUAUGGCUGUAAUGAGCGGUUUCGAAAAAUUAGUACCGCCUAAUGCUACUGUUAUUCGAGAAGGUCAAAAGAAAGUUAUACCUAACAGUGAGAUUGUGAUAGGUGAUAUUGUUGAAAUGUCUGGAGGAGAAGUUGUACCUGCUGAUGUUAGAAUUCUAACUUGUACUAACUUUAAGACUGAUAUGUCGUCACUGACCGGAGAAUCAGAGCCUAUUAAACACCGACCAGAAUGUACUAAUGCGAAUCCAUUAGAGUCUAAAAAUAUGGUCUUUUUUGGCUGUCCUAUAACAGAAGGCUCAGCUAAAGGUAUUGUUAUAGCUACAGGAGAAUUAACACAGAUGGGAAAAAUCGCUGGAUUAGUCACUGGCUUAGAAAAAGAAGAGACACCGAUAGCUAAAGAAAUAACUCAUUUUAUUAAGCUCAUAUGCGGUGUAGCGUUUACUUUUGGAUUAUUAUUUUUUGUAAUGGUAUAUUUCAUUCAACAUAGUUGGCUAGCAGCGUUACAAUAUAUGCUUGGAAUUAUAUUAGCAAAUGUACCAGAAGGCUUAAUUGUGACCUUAACUGUUUGCAUGACUUUGUCAGCUAAUCAGUUAAAAAAGAAGAAUUGUCUCGCUAAAACGCUUCAAGCUGUAGAAACUUUAGGUUCAACUUCUUGCAUAUGUUCUGAUAAAACAGGAACCUUGACAGAAAAUCAAAUGAAUGUCUCACAUUUAUUUUGCAACUACACAAUAUAUGAUAAAACAGACCAUGCCCACGUUUCUGAUCAUGCGUAUGCAACAUUGAGCUUAGCCGCUUCAUUGAACUUAAAAGCUACAUUUGCACAUGAUAGUCUCGAUGUUCCUAUUGAAAAAAGAAAAAUAAUUGGAGAUGCUUCUGAAUCUGCUAUACUUAGAUAUAUGGAAAUCAAUCGAUCUGCCACAACAACACGCGCAGAAAAUCCUAAGGAAGCUGAGAUACCGUUCAGUUCAGCUUAUAAGUAUCAAGUUACCAUACACAGAAUGAAAGCUACGCAGAGCUACUAUUUAAUAAUGAAAGGCGCUCCAGAAAUUAUAUUAGAAUUUUGUAUUAAAAUACUUACUAAUGAAGAGGAUCAACCCAUGACGCCACAGGCAAAGAAGGAACUAAAAGCUAAUUUUAUUAAGUUAGCUAAUAUGGGUGAGCGUGUAAUUGGAUAUUGCGAUUACAUGUUAUCUUUAGACAAUUAUCCAUUAGGAUACAAAUUCGAUACCCAACAACGUAAUUUCCCAGUUGAAAAUUUAAGAUUUUUAGGUGCGAUUUCAAUGAUUGACCCUCCAAGACGUGAUAUUGAUAAGUCUAUUGCACUUUGUCGUCAGGCAGGUAUUCGAGUUAUCAUGGUCACUGGUGAUCAUCCGGUAACAGCUUUAGCUAUUUCAAAGCAAUGUGGUACUAUUACUCAACCAACGGCUUAUGAUUAUGCAUUUGAGCACCAUAUAGAUCUAUCUGAUGUACCAAUACAUAUUAAACAACAGUUCCGUUCCGCUGUAAUUACUGGUGACGAAUUGCGAAAAAUGAGCGUAAAUGACUUAAAAACGGCUCAAAUAAAAUAUGAUGAAAUAACUUUUGCUAGAACAAGUCCACAGCAAAAAUUAAUAAUCGUGGAGACUUAUCAAGCUUUAAGUCAUGUAGUUGCUGUUACAGGAGAUGGUGUUAAUGACUCUCCUGCCUUGAAAAAAGCAGAUAUUGGAAUAGCUAUGGGUAUUACUGGUACUGAAGUUUCAAAGCAAGCUGCUGAUAUGAUACUGCUUGAUGAUAAUUUUGCUUCUAUAGUUUUAGGUAUACAAGAAGGAAGACGUAUUUUUGAUAACUUAAAGAAAACGAUUGCUUACACUCUUACUUCAAACACUCCUGAAAUGCUACCGUUCGUGCUGUAUGCUUGUCUAGGUAUGCCAUUGCCUAUGACCUUAAUUCUGAUUCUAGUUAUCAAUGUAGGUACAGAUUUACUACCCGCAAUGAGUCUUGCUUAUGAAACUUCAGAGCAAGAUAUCAUGUCGAUCCCUCCUCGUAAGCCAACUGAUCAUCUUGUGAAUAGGGUACUUAUAUUUAUGGCAUAUUUUCAAAUAGGAUUAAUUCAAUUUUUUGCUGGUAUGUAUGCAUAUUUUAUAAUAUUUGCUCAAAGUGGAUUUUUUCCGUCCAGUUUAAUUUUUAUCCGCAAAGAAUGGGAAUCUCCAUUAUCUACUGUCGAUGAUACAUUAGGUCGCCCUUGGUAUUAUGCUAAUCGGAAAAGAAUAGAACGAAAAGCACAAACUGCUUAUUUCGUUGCUGUAUGCUGGACUCAAGUAUCCGAUAGCCGGCCAGAACGCUGCCAAUCAAGUAAUUGCAUCGCGUGCAUCGACUUUUCGGCCCUCGAUAAUAAUAGGCAUUUUAUUGCCAGUAAUGGAGUCUCUAGGGCCGUGGUUAAUGUUCGACGUUUGGUAACAGUCCCUGCUUUUAAUUUAAAUUAA